GACGCGGAGCCGGUUAGUCGCUCAGUCACAUACAAGCCUGACGGGCAGACGGACGCGUUUAACAGUUAAACAUUUUGAAGUUCAGUGAAAAAUGUAUUUCGAUUAAAAGUGAAGUUUUGACUACUUUGGAUUGAAGAAGUCUGAAACGUUUCGUGUGUAAAGAUGAAUGACUCUGUGGUGGUAUCGAAUGACACUUGGCAGUGGUACAAAGAAGUGGUGCGGUCAUGGCUGGAAGACCCAGGGGUGCAGGAGUACGAGGGGCUGAAUAUGACGGCCCUGCAGAUGGACCAGGCCUACAUGGUGGGGUCGUCGGCUGUCGAUGUCAGUGUUUACAGCGUUUCUGAUGAUUGUUUCCGAUGUCCGUUCAAGCUGCAGGAGUUCAUACCGGCUGGCGAGGAGACGUCAUGGGUGGCCAGCACGGCGCGCCGGUCCACAUGGAGGGUGUACGUUAACAGCACGGACACGUACAAAAUUGCGGGUGAUACCACAGACUUGCUAUGCCAGCUGAGGCCGGAGAUGGGGGAGUUCGGAGUGUACAAGAUGAACGUGUCAUCAGCAGGGUGUGAUAUACGCACCGACCGGGAUCCUGUCGACAUUUACUUGCCUCUACUGUUGAUGCUGGGAGUACUGCUGGCAAUAUGGGUGCUAUACGGCAUCAUCAAGCUGAUCAUGUCAAGAGUGAGGAGGACCGGUAAGCUGAGGUAUGGAGACAAGGAACUGGCAAUACAGCAGAGGUUACGAGCACUGGAUACGUUUAGAGGGAUGGCUAUAGUCUUCAUGAUCUUCGUGAACGACGGUGCUGGUGGCUACUGGUGGUUGGAACACGCGACGUGGAACGGCUUAGUGGCUGGAGACCUGGUUUUCCCUGCCUUCCUCUGGAUCAUGGGUGUUUGCAUCCCCUUGUCUGUGAAGAGCUCCUUUGCAAAGGGAGUACCGAGGUGGAAGAUUGUUCUACAAAUUGUUAGGCGUUCAAUCAUGAUGUUCCUGAUAGGGAUGUCGUUGAACACGAUCUACGGCUCCAACAUGUUACAUGAACUACGUAUCUUCGGCGUGCUUCAGCGGUUGGCAGUAUCCUACCUCAUCGCAGCCGGAUUCUACGCGCUCACCGCCCCGAAAUAUUAUACGCCUCCGCGGGUGAGUGGUGCUUGCGGCCAGGCCCUGAAAGAUGUACUGUCGUGUGUGUGGUGCUGGGUGCUGGCAGCGAUCCUCGUGGCUACCCAUAGCGUCAUCACGUUUGUGGUUCACGAUCCUGAAUGCCCAAUGGGUUACUUAGGACCCGGUGGCUUACACGACGACUGGGUGGCAAAGAAUUGCAGUGGUGGGGCGGCUGCGUACAUCGACCGGCUAGUGUUGGGGGAAUCGCAUCUGUUCCAGCAUAGUGAUGCACGUCGUGUGUAUGGAGGAGUAGCUACGGACCCUGAGGGACUUCUUGGUUGUUUAACAUCGGCGGUGCAAGCACUACUAGGCGUGCAAGCAGGAGCAACGGUUCUCCUACAACGGUCACACAAGGCGCGCAUAUCUCGCUGGCUCGCGUGGGCACUGGUGUUCGCGCUCGCUGGGGCCCUACUCGCUGGCUUCUCUAGGGAGCAUGGAGUUGUGCCCAUCAAUAAGAAUCUUUGGUCAAUGUCAUUUGUCCUCGUAACAUCAGCAUGCUGCCUCAUACUGCUCUGCUUCUGCUACACCCUAACAGACGCUUGGAGGAUCUGGGGAGGAGGUCCCUUCAGGGCCCCAGGGUUGAACGCCAUCGCCUUGUACGUCGGCCAUUCUGUCUGCGCCCAUCUGUUCCCCUUCCAUUGGAGAGUUCCAGACAUGAGGACUCAUGCUAUCAGCCUUGUGGAAGCGGUUUGGGGAACAGCCCUAUGGGUCAUCAUCGCUCAUGUUAUGGCUAAGAAGAAAGUUUUCAUCUCUCUUUGAGGAUACUGUUAAAUGUUAUAUGGAAUUGAUUUUUAUUAAGUCUCCUUCACAAAUUGUAAAGUUGAGUGGUUUUUUUUAUUGAACUGCUUUGUUUGUACUUUAGUGUACUUGAACAAAUUUCUUUUGUUGCAUUUCUUGUUAUGCAUUUUAUGUCUUCACUAGUUCGUCAAAAUUGAGCGAUUAAUGCAUACAUAUUUUUUUUUAAGGCAAUGAUAGUUCUGUGUAAGGCUAGAUUUAAUGAUGUAUAGUUUAUGUUUUAUUGAUAUUCUUUACGAUAGUUAUUAUAAUUUAAUACGUAUUUAGGAUAGUUUAGUGUAGAUAUGAACCAAGACUGAGCGGUAGAAAAACCAUAGGUGCUCCAAUAGCUCUCAAUGUAAUCUUUUGGUUUUCACUUUAUUGUAUGUACUAAUUAUAUAAAAGUCUAGUCUUAAUUGCUUAUUUUAAGAUUUGUCUACGGAUUUGUAUGUGAGAGCGAAUAUAUGGUAAGCUUGAUAAGUAAAAUAAAGGAUCACCGACAAUGAA